UGUCGAUAAAGAUAUACAUAGAAUAGAAACAUCAGAGACAAAGAUAGACGUCGAGAAAAGCUGAAGAAACUUGGUGUCGCUACAGUCGUUGAUCACAGGAAAGUUCACCAGUGCUCGAUCGAGCCUCGUGCUAUAUCAAGCCUUGUUGUCUUUCUCUCUCUCUCUUUUCUUAACUACCUCUUUCCUUUUCUUGCCCUGUCUCUUUUUCUUUCUUCUCCCCUCUCCCUCUCUUUCUCUCUCUUUCUUCUUUUACCUAAAUUAGGCAUCAUCAAAGAUCAUCAGAAUCAUUUUGUUCUUUGAUCGUUCUUCAGGAGGUACUGUAAAUGUGAUACUUUUGACAUUUCGGGAUGUGGCCACGAUUGAAAAACUGGCCAGAAACAGAUUAAUCGUCGAGUCAAGCUCGACAAAAAGAAAAAAGAAAGAGGAAACACGAUAAUGGGUAAUGCCACCACGAAAGAUUACUCAAGGAGCAUCUCCAUUGGCAACAGCUCGAAGAAAACGCGUUGGGAUGGUCCAGGUCUGCCGGCCCCACCGGGCAAACCUAUCCUAAUAUCGGGAACAAAUGAAACGCAGCCGGAUGUUGUGGCAAUACGAUGGGAGAGAUCACCAAGUAACGGUGGAUCGGCAAUUAUUGGAUACUUGGUUGAACAUCGACGGCUGGGCUCUCCUCACUGGGUACGAAGCACCUCCGGUCUUUGCGCCUUUCCAGAACUAACCUUGAGCGGUCUCGAACCAGGAUGGCGUUACCAAUUUCGAAUCAAAGCGCAAAAUGCACUCGGACUUUCACAACCAAGCGAAGUCUCCGAACCACUCACAGUCACUUUACAAAGGGCCACUAUCGCCUGCGCUCCACAAUUUGAUUUGGAGCUUAAAGAUAAGGUUGCGCUCGAGAACGAACAGGCCGAGUUUAUUAUACAAUUCUCUGGAACACCAUUGCCAAAAAUUUCGUGGUUCAAAGACGGUUUCGAAAUUUUUAGUAGUAGACGCACAAGAAUCAUUACUGAUAAUGGAAAAAGUACUCUCUUGAUUCACCAGACCACGCUUAACGACGAGGGUGAGAUUAAAUGUACCGCCACGAACCGAGCAGGUCAUGUUGCUACAAGAGCUAAGUUAAUUCUCGAAGCACCUCCACGAAUACGACUGCCACGUCAAUAUGAAGAUGGUUUGCUUUUUGAACAAGACGAGACCAUUAGACUGAAAGUAUCUUUAGCGGGUAAGCCAGCGCCUAUUGUCACCUGGUUUCACGAUGGAGAGUUAAUAUCCAAAGAUACUAGACAUGUGUUUGAAAUGAUGGAUGGUGAAUCGGUUCUAAAAAUACCAGAUGCGAAACGAAGUGAUCGAGGAGAAUAUACUGUUAAAGUCACAAAUAAACUGGGCGAAGAUACUACGUCUUUCUUGGUUACUGUGACAGAUCGACCCGCUGCUCCUGGCAAAAUAUCUGUUGCAAUGACACUAGGUAGAUCGGUGACGUUAUCGUGGGAGGAACCAGAAGAUGACGGCGGAUGUAAAAUCGGAACGUAUAUUAUCGAAUAUUACAGAAUUGGCUGGGAGGUAUGGCUUAAAGCAGCAACAAGUAGACGUACCACUGCAACAUUAACAGAACUGAUCGAAGGUUCUGAAUACAAAUUUCGCGUAAAGGCUGAAAAUCCUUAUGGAGUCAGUGAACCUAGCGAAGAAAGCGAUAUUAUUUUUAUUCCAGAUAUUAAACGGAGCGUAACAGCACAAUCUUUGACCGAAAAGUCACAAAGUCAUCGAGAGAUCAGCAGAUCGCGUGGCGAUAAACGAGAGAUGGGUUUUACUAUGCCUGCACAAAGAACUAGAAGUUUAACGAGAGAAGAAGCUAAAACACGAAACGACGAAAAUAAUGGUCGCUUUGGACAUGAUGAGCGAUCAGCUUCAAUGCAACGACUUGCAAUGCCAAUUACAACAUUGGAUAGACCAUCCAGAGCAGAUAGUAGAGUAACCUUUGCACCAGAUACUUUGGAGAAAGAUCAACCUCCAAUUCCUCCAACUAGAUCAAGAGAACAUAAUUCCACAAAACAACAAGUUAUUUUUGGAAAUCACACAAAUCAAUUAAAUAUUGCGGCAAGAAACAAGCAAAAUAUUAUUACAAACCAAGAAAGAACGAUGACUGCAAAAACAGCAGCAAUUGAACCAAUCUCUUCUUCAGUUAUUGAAGAAAAUACUACGUCACGUCUUGUAGCAAGAGAAAAGAGUCUGUCUCCACUUUGUGUACCAAAAAUUCAAGAAUACCCAAAAGAGGAGAGUUGUAGUACAACAAAUCAUCAUUUUUUAUCAUCUUCAAAAUUAAUUCCGAAAAAGCAGACUGCCAUUGUAAAUGAAGCAAUGUUAUUCCCAUCGGACAAUUCACAAUCACAAAGAAUACUACAAGAAGAUGACGAGAACGCAUUGCACGGUAGUUCGGAAUUUAUGCUGGUUCUAUAUCCAGAAGAUGAAACACAAAAGGAAGAUGUAAUCAACAUGAACAAUUCUGCAGAAUGUCAAAUAAAAAACAGCAUAAAUAGAAAUGUGAUCGAGUCAAUAGAAGAUGAGAACGAUCUUAUACCACCACCAAUGUCAUCAUCUCUUCCAGAAUUAUUUAGUACGCAGCACCAAGUAGUGGAAAUAAUGCGAGAAGCAGUUAGUUCCACCGAACUUCUUCACGAACGAGCUAUGGAACGUUUCUAUCGCGCAGUUGCUGCUGAAGAGGCGUCCGAAAUUGCUAAACAAAAAAUGCAAUUUGAAACACAAACUGAAUUAAUGUUAUUAGAUGUCGAAUUUAUUAAAAAACCAUCACUUCGAAGACGUCUAUCUAAUUCCGGUGUUACACAAAAUUUAAUUGCUUCCUGGCAGGCCAAGAAAAAUCGUCGAAGAUCAAGUGAAGGACAAACAAAUGUAUCUCCAAAAACGUUGAAACUUCUUUCUCCAAUUUUAUUACCAGAUGUCGAAGCCAGAUCAGAUCCAAACCUUCCCUCUGAAAUGAUAAUAAUAGAUCCCUGGGAAAAGAGCAACAAGAUCGAAACUGCGGAGCGUCUGCGUAGAUGGCACGAAACGAAUGUACCAUUACUAGAACAGGUACAACAAAAGAACUCGAUACAAACAAAUAAUGAAGACAAAGUGAUAAUUACACCAUCUAUCACAGUGAAUAAAGUAGAAUCUCAACCGUUGAUUCAAACAAAAUCAGAAGAGGAGGAGACUAAUAUUAUUGAAACUUCCGAAGAGUCAUCAGAAGAAAACAGUAGUACAGACAGUGAGGAUUUAAAAUUAUUAAAAUCAAGAAUUCUGGCAAGACAAAUUGUCAAUGAAGAAGAUACUUAUCAUCCUAAAGGGAGACCAGUCCCACAUGCUGACUCAGAAUUAAUACAGAUUCCAUAUGACAGAUUAUCAACUUUUGAGAUUUCGUCUCUUUCAUCUGUCCAAACGACUACAUCCGUCUCACCCAAUAAUGUGAUGCCUAAAUCAAUUUUAAAGAAACCUAAAGAAGAGAUGAAUUUUCAGGACAAUUUUGGUAAAUCUAUUCCUCCAGAAAAACCAAUUAGAAAAUCAUUAUCGCAAUCAUACCAACAAGAAGAUAUAGAGAAAAUAAGUACGGAUAACAACGACAGAAUUCCGAAUUUCUUUAACAUGUCCGAAGAAACUCUAAAAACUCCUACUCUUAUAUCGGAAUCAGAUACAGAUAGUAUUAUAUCUGCAGCAGAAGCAGCAAAAAAUCGAAGAAUGCAAUCAAAAUGGCGAUCUAUAACACCCGAAGAAGAGGCAGCCGAAAUAGAGGCUAGAAUGGCUGUUGUAAAUCAAUACACUGAAAUAGUUCGGGAACAUGCGUGCCUCUCACGACAUGGUAGUGCAGCUAGUUCUCGCAGAUCAUCUAUUUCCGAAGAUCAAGAUCAAAAGCACCGAAUACAAGAAAAACUUGUGCCAAAGUUAAUAGAUAAACAAGAGCAGGAUGAGACAAUAAAAUCAAAAAUUAAAAAUAAGAUUGAAAUCGACCAACAAAAGUUAAAUAAUCAAACGCCCAGUUUCAGAAGAAAAAGCGUUGAUUCCAGGGAUAUAAUUUCAGCGGAAGACAUGAUGACUAACAAGGAAAAGCGUAGAAGUAGACCAAGUUCUAGGGACCAAUCUCCAACUGUAAGAAGGAGUAAAAGAAUAGAAAGUGCUUCUUCGAGAUCAUCUUCAAAAACCCGGAAUCGCACGCCUUCGCAGGAAAGAAAUAAUCUAUCCUUAGCGAAAAAUGAUUUAAAUGAGCAAGGCUCUCGUAGAUCUAAAGUAUCUUCUAGACCUUCAUCGCGCUCUUCAUCUAGAUCAAGUUCUAGAGAAAGAUUUGGAGCGACAGUACCAGUAGAAUCAAAGGUUGAUAAAUUACAAAAAGCACUCGAUAGUAGCAAGUAUCGAGCAAUAAAAAAAGAAAUCAAAGUAACCAAAAUCAGUAAAGAAAAUUCUGGAGAAAACACUCCUGAUCAAACAAAUGAAAAACAGUUAGCUCUAGAGGCUAAAAGAACAGUUAGAUCAACGGUGAGCUAUAUAACCGAUCUGACUUUGCUAAUAGCUGCAAUGUAUAUUUAUUUCUUUAAAAAAGAAACUUUGGCGGUCCCAUUUAUCGUGCUUCUCCUAUAUCGAAAAGUACAAGAAGAAAUACAUAAAUGGAUGCCACGUCGUUGGAGACGAUCUACCAAGAAACAUUAAUUAAUUGAGUGAAGUCAACUGAAUUGUCUUAUAUUUUAUACAUCUCUCUUAUUCAUUUAAAACAUUUUAACUCGGGAAUCCCCAAAGUUAUAUGGCUCAUAACUCACCAAUGGAUUGUGAUCAGAUUUUCAAUAGAUUGCAAAAAAUUUUUUCAGUUAUAAUAGAAAUCAAAAUUAAAUUUUGAAAUGAACUAAAUACUUAUUAACAACAAUUAGAAUUCUUGAAUACGAAAAUAAUUCAUUUCAUAUUCAAUAUAACGUCAAAAAUAUUAUCAAUAAAAAUAAAAAAUAAACGCAUUUUCAACCUUCAUACCUCAUAAUGUUGAAAAACAAAUUUGUAAGAUUAUAUUUAAGAAAAAAUUUAAAAACCAAUUAAUAUUAGAUUUAAAAUAUGGUAUAAAUAAAUAAUCAGUUUACUUCUUCCUUUUUGCUUUCUGAUAUCUUUUGAAACUAGAUGGAUCGCGGGUGUUCGCUGUUUCAGAAAAAUAAGUCACAAUUCACAUAAAUUUUAGAAAUCCUGAUCUAACAAGGAAACACAGGGAAGUGUCCGCCUCAGAUUAAAACGAGCUUUUAAUAUGUUGUAGUACAGAUAAAAAUAAGGG